GGUCGGUCGGUCUGGCCGUACUAUACGCGUAUUAUACGGGGUACCCUAACGAUAAUAAUAUUAUUAUUGUUUUCACCGUGCGUUAAUAAUAUUGUGUACAGUGUACACACCGAGCGCGAGUAUUAGGUUUUCGUUCGUCCGCGAUCAUCGCCCCGCUGCAGCACGCGCCGAUCGUUUUCCGCGGACAUUCGUUCCGCCGCCGCCGUCUUCGUACCCACGCGUUCCCGACAUUAUACCGCGCGCGCGUCUGGCAUCUUCAUUCGCGCUCGGUCCGGGUACGCGUGCACAGUGUACGCGCCCUCCUGUACCUGUAAACAAUAUUAUCGUUUUCGGUAAUCGAUUCGAUAGUAAGUACCUCCGUAGGUCGCACCUGUCAACAUAAUAAACUCGCCGGUCUCGCGACGACCGUCCGCGAAAAUGCCGCGUUUCCCGUCCGCGCGGAGUUUGCCGCUUAUUAUGGCGUGGCUCGCGAUCUCCGCGGCCGCGGCCGUUUCACCACUGCAGUCUCCGGAUCCGGCAGCAGCCGCAGACCCCUCGCCGCCGCAGACCGCAAAUCUCACGGCCGAACAGACUACGGCGACUACGGUGCUCGGCGGUUCCGGCGCCUUGCAGCCGAUGACCGCCGCCGCCGCCGUCAUCGACCGGGUGGCCAAUCGCGUGACCGAGGACGUGUAUUUUGGUAAAUAUCAUGUUUCACAUCAAAUAAUAAUAUUUCGCCUUUAUCUUCGCGAUAAAAACGUUUAACGGACGUCAUAUUAUUUUUCCUCUUCGCCUCUAUCCCGCACCACGUGUACAUACGCAAUCGGAAUCAAUUCGUCUUGUUUUAGCCGCAUCAUUGCAACAAUAGUAAAUUGUUCUCCUGCACAACCCAUCCAUUUUCUCGCAUCCGUCUAAAUACUCGGACUCCUCCACUCGAUUAGCAUAUAAUACCCAAUUUAAUUUGACCACCGAGCCAUGGCGACCUCCAUUUCUUCGCGUCACGUCUCGUUCAGCACACUUCUCAACUUCUGCGCAUACUAUUAGUACAGUACUUCAUUUAUCGGGUUGACCAUUAUAAUUGCAUUUUGUGUUUGUUACAGUGGACGUCGACAGGGGUCACGACGACGUGCUGAAACCUAUGAAAAACAAACGGAAAAAGAAACCUAUGAGCAAACACAAGAAAAAGAAACAAUCGUUUAAAGACAAGCUUAUACCUCUACUUAUCAUACCGUUUGCCAUACAGACGAUGCUCAUACCGAUGUUCAUAAUGAACUUGAAACUAUUGGCCAUAAAAGCGAUGACGAUCGGAAAAUUCGCCAUACUGUUGAUCGCUUUCAAUAUGAUACGAAGUUGGUCGCAAAAUGCACACAGUACGUCGGUCAGCGGUUCGGCCGGGGUAAUAUUAUUUUAUUAAUUGAAUACGUGUUCGAAUUUACUGAUACCUAGUAAUUUAUGUGUGUGUACUAAUAUUUUUUAAACGGUGUUUCAGAAUUCGAUGCUCAUGGCCCAAAAUUACGGUUAUAACGGUGGCCCGGAAUUAGGAGCGUUGUUUAACGGCUGAUAUUAUACCUAUAUAAUAGGAGUAUAGCAAUACAAAUUUCCGACGGCCUACGGCGUUUCUAAAUAUUAUCGAAAUUUUAUUUAUUUAUUGGUCAAUAGUACAUAAUAUCAUAAUAUUAUUGUCCAGCGUAUUGCUGUUUAAUCGAUUCAAUUUUUAACGUUACGGUCAUCAGCAUUGUAUCAGUGCUAAAAUCGUUUAAGACUAUACAAUAUUUACAAAUAAAAUCACCAAUUAUUUUUAAUAUUAUAUUAUGUUAAUGUAAUAAUAUGUUAUAUUAAUGUAUUUAUUCAUUAUUAAAAUAUCGUAAGGUACAUUACCUGUAAUACCUAAAUAUAUUACCUAACUUUUGUACCUAUACCUGUAUAAUGUCAUUAAGAGGCCGUCCACGGUUCUAUUUGCCAUCUCUGUCUUUCCAUAAAACGGAUAACGGUAUGUAUAAGUAACGAAAAUACGUUCACGUAAAACACAAAACCUUUUAAGUAGGAUUCAGAAAAUAAAACACCUGUAAUAAAAUUUGUGGUUGAUAACAUUUUGAAUAAAACCUAAUCGGUGUUAUUCGAAGUAUAUUGAUUAUAUUAUCACAAAAGUAAAAGAAGAUUUGUUGUACGUAUAUCUAUAUAUAUUUAAAAUUGUAAAACGGCGACGAGGUUGUCUUCAAAAUGUUGUCCUAUACAAAUUGUAUAAUAGGUGUUUUGUCUCUAAACCGACUUUAAAUGUCUUUUCGUUUGUUUUAUGUGAAUACAUUUUUGCUAUAUUGGCUGUUAUAUUAAAACAAAGGACGAAAAUGCCACUGUAAUGAUAAUGUAGUCUCUUAACAAUCAUGAUUCAAAUUUAGAUAUUUGAAUUUAUGUCGUUUUGUGCCUUAUAAUUUAUUAUUAUUUUAUAAUAUAUAUUAUUGAUUAUA